AUGGGAAAGUAUGCACGAUCGCCGGCCGGUGCAAUAGCCCAGGUUCCCGAUGGCAAGUCACUUAUCCAUGCAGCGUCGAUGCUACUAUCCUACACGACAUCAAUCUAUGCUUUGCAUCAUCUAGGGCGCCUGCGCAAGGGUGAAACAGUUCUAAUUCAAUCUGCAUCAGGAGGUCUUGGUAUAGCCGCGAUAUAUAUUGCUCAAUACUUGGGCGCGGAUAUUUUUGCCACGGCCGGAACUGAAAAAAACCGCGAGAUGCUCGUAGAAGAAUUUGGGCUAUCACCCACGCAUGUCUUCGGCUCGCGAGAUGCUGCUGCGGUAAAACGAGUUAUGCAGGCAACAAAGCCAAAUGGCAUCGAUGUUAUCCUGGGCAGCGCUUUAGGGGGUGACUCUUUGCAGGAACAGUGGACGUGCAUUGCGCCUCAAGUGCGAUUCAUCAAUGUGAGCAGAUUCAACGCCCUAGAGUCGAGUAUUCUAGCCCUUGACGUCUUCAAGAGGAAUGCCACCUUUUCCUCGUUUGAUAUAGACCUACUCUAUCGUCAGACGUUGUCCUUGAUUGCCAGGUAUUCAAGCCCCCUUUUCUCUGAUCGACAUGUCAAAGUUGUACGCUAA